AUGUAUAUUACUGUUCCUCUUAGCGCGCGCCAACGCCUUGCAGCGCAAAUAUAUGACCAUGGAACAAAGACUUCCCUCAAGGUCUACCACUUGCAGGAGUAUGCCAGAUUUCGCGCCGGAUUACUUCCUUCUGGACAUAAAAACGAUACUCCAUCAUCUUCUGGACGAACACGAACUGAUUCCUCACGUGAUGUGCCAUUCUUUCGAAAAAUCGACGACUGGCGUCAGUUGGUUGCGGAGGUAGAUGCGUGUGCAAGGGAACUAUCGCCAACACAGCUACUUGCCACAGCUAUCGCCUACUGGAGGUUAGGACGAGUUGGGCGUGCUGAAUGGAAGCGUCUUUGCUCCGCCGCAGCGCAUCAUGCAUACGGGCCACAUUCCAAUGUCACGGGGAUAUCAGCCAGCGAGGUAGCCUUGAUCCUCUGCUGCUACGCACGGGUGUUUGACAAACCUGUACAUUCCACUACGAGCCUAUUAAGAUGGAUUGUACGUGAUGUUGGACAGAUGAACGAACGUGACAUUUGCAUGACUCUGUUUUACAUGCGUCGGAUGCGAUGUCUGCCGCCAACGCUUGAUACUGCCGAGAGUCAGACCUACGCGGCGAUGCUUAGGGCUAUAGUCGUUGGCGUUGCUGCUGAGGGCGGUAACAAGCUCCCACGGUUUUCUCCAGGGGGUCUUGUGUGCCUCAUCUCCAACCUGGCUUACAUCGGCCACAUUCCCUGGGGGAUUGUAUAUCACGCUUGUAACGUAAUACGUAGGCGUGCGGGAGAAUUGGAUGCUAAGACUAUGGCAAUCCAUGCUAGAUCGUUGUCGAUGCUAAAGUUUCCGGACAAAGGUACCUUGAAGGCAUUUGCUGCUUUAAUAUGCGCCCAAAAGCAACUAGAUACGGCCACUAUCACUUGUUUCCUUCACUCGUAUGCUAAGCUCCGCUUCCGUCCCCGAGGUAAUUUUGCGGGGCUCUUGGAACAGGUGCACAAGUGGGUGCAACUACCGCGUGUAGCUAUAAUCUUCAGGGGUAUAUUCAUGUUCCAAGAUCACGAGGUAGCACAGAUAGCCUUUUCUUUAGGUCAGCUGGGCUAUCGUUCUCCCGAAGUCUUUGAGAGCAUCUUCGAAUUUUCGAAGUCAGCGUUCACACUGUCGCAAAGCAUCGCAGUUUUGGACGCGUGUGCCGUACUUGGGCACUUUGAUCAAGAUGCCUACAACGCGUUGCUUGCUGGAAUCACUAGAAUGGCCGAGGUUGGUAUGCGUUACUUCCACAAAAUCAAGAACCGUUACCACUGCAAGACCGUAAACGUAGACCACCUAUGGUCAAUGGUCCCACAGGAAGAGAUCGAGGCCGCCGCCAAGGAGAGUGGCAAGGCCCCUGUUUUGGAUGUUGUACAGAGGGGAUACUUCAAGGUCCUCGGUACUGGAAACUUGCCCAAGAAGCCAUUGAUCGUCAAGGCACGUUUCUUCAGCAAGCUUGCUGAAAAGAAGAUCAAAGAGGCUGGCGGAGCAUGCGUGCUCGUAGCCUGA